GUGAAUCCAAGUCUAUGUAAUACAUACUUGCAUUUCUAAUCUCUAUGCCAAAAAAGGUGAAUGGAAUUGUUUACGUCACGAGUUCAUAUAAAUCAUCCUACACUUAAUCUAAUCAAAUCAAUUGUGCACCACUUUACUUAAUCGUGCCCCCAAAUAUAUAAGUACAAAACUUACUAUAUCACUCAGAUCAUUUUGUUGUCUGACCUUUAGUCAAGUUUAAUUAUUCGAACGGACAGCAAACAGAAGCCAAUAUUUGCUACAAAUAGAUCGACACUUCAUCGCUACACUGUCUUUUACGUUGUAGAUAUUGGAAAACAAUGGCUCAAAACCCAGGUCACCCAUGGGAUUUCGAAACCCUAGAACUUUUAGGAAGUGGCGCGUUCGGCGUUGUAAUUUCUGCCUUUAAUAAAAUUGACGAGUCCAUCAGUGCCGUAAAACUAAUAGUCAAUCGAGACGAAGGAAUUCAAGUGGAGGAAAAUGCGAAAAUAAUCAAAGAAGCGAAAAAUUGCGCAAAGCUAAACCAUAAAAAUAUCGUCAAGUACAAAACCUGCAACUUUUUCCACUUUCAAUCCCUCGAACUAAAAGAAAUUCUUCGACCUGGUGCCGAAAAUCUGCCCGAAUUUAUCCACGACUGCUUAGAUUCUGGUGACGAGACGAGCAUAAUUUCCGGUUUGUAUAUUCAAAUGGAACUUUGCGGCUACACUUUGCGAUCUUGGUUAAUUAAGGAGUCAGACGAUUUAGAAGGAGUGGAUGAAGAUUUUUCAAGAAAGUUCGAUAGAGCCGAAAUAUGUCAAGGGUUGAUCGAUGGGGUCAACUAUAUUCAUCGGGAGGGUCUAAUUCAUCGAGAUUUAAGACCGGAAAACGUCUAUUUUAGUAUCCCUAUGAAAAAUGGAGAUUUUGGCCUCCCUAUAAAAAUUGGGGAUUUUGGCUUAUCAAAAUUACUAUGGCUGGAGGAAACUAACCGAGUAGCCAUAACUAUGACGGAAAAAGUCGGAAAUGAGACUUAUCGCGCGCCCGAAAUGGAUAUCAGCCAUCCAAAUAAACCCGGCAUGGCGCGGUACGGUCAAGCCGUGGAUGUUUAUGCGGUUGGGCUUAUCAUUUCAGAGAUUUUCGAUCCAUAUCCGCAAGAUAAUUUUGCGAGGGUGAAAAAAUUUGAAAAGAUAACGUAUAGUGGCAUCGUUGGGGAAAGGUUGGCCAGAAAUUAUCCAGAAUUGGGCAAAUUUGUGGUCAAAUUGGCAAGUGAAGAUCCAAGAAAGAGGCAGGAUUCGGAUUUGAGAGGGCGUCUCGUUCCAAUCGAGGUGGGCAGGAAGCACUUUUUCCGACAUGGGAGCAGCGAUAAUUUUGGUUCUUAUGUAGCAAGAAAUGAAGGAUCAAAUUACGUCGACUCAAGAAAAUUUGACGACAGCACAGAAUUUUAUACCCAUCAAUGUGUAUAUUCUGACCCUGGCAUGCGUAAAGUAGAAUAUCUCCAGACGCAUAAUGAGCCCAAUAGCUGUCCAACUUUAACCCAGAGUCCUCUUAAGAAACAGAAUAUUCAAUUUUUGCGAGAAUUGCUGCAAAAAUGUAAGCAAAUUUGGACAUAUGAAAACAUUUCGCUGUUUUUCAACAAUCUAGAGAAGACCGAUGCACACAAGCCGGAAAAUUUCUUCAAACCGAGUUUGAAAACCACUGUAAAUGAAAAUUUGUACAGAUUGGAGAAAGAAAAAUCGUUUCUUUUGAGCAGUAAAAACUUGAAAAGUGCCGUGGACAAGUGUGGAGUCAGACACUUGGCAGGAAAAAUUGACGAACUGUUUAAUAAACAGUGUUUAUAUGAUGACAAAACGGUGUAGUUACAUAAAUAUUAUAUCAAAUAUGUGUAAAGUGAAAAUGUUCCUAUGAACAUAUACAAAUUCCUAGAAGAAAUUCUAUGCUAAAAUUUUUGUUUCGAUAUGUGUAUCUAAUUUAAUACCACUUAUUUACAUGCAUAUGUACAUACCUACAUUAAUUUAAAAUAAAUUAAUAUGUAGAUAGAUUUCCAGAUUGUAACGUGGCUAGAAUGAAAUAAUUUGUUUCGUACAUACAUAUUUACAUAUGUACACAUUUUAUAAUUAAGUAUUUUGCAUGUAAACUUAUGAAAUGUCGUUAAUUAUGAUUGGAGAAUUGAAAUAAAAUGUUCCCAACGA